CGCCGCCUGAAUUCAGGCUCGUCCGCGUGCUGCCGGGCAACAGCGCCCCCACUCACCCCGCCCGGAGAGACGCGUGAGUCGGCUGGCCAACCCUCGGAAAGUGAGAGCAAAAAAGCAGCGGCAGGUCUGGUUUUCUUUACAGGCAGGGCUUUGGGCACCUAAGAUGACGCAAUAUUUGCGCGAGGUGGGGCGGGGCUCCGCGAGGACCUCAUCCUGAAGGGAUAAUCUGGGAAGCGGAAGUGGACGGGACGGUAGCGACGACUACUCCGCUGCUGGCUGCUGCUCUAUCCCUCUUUGGGAGCCUGAGCCCGGCUACCUGACAGCACUAGAGAUCUUUGCAAAUUAUCUUGUGGGGAAAAAUGCCUAAAGUCAAAAGAAGCCGGAAAGCUCCCCCAGAUGGCUGGGAGUUGAUUGAACCAACACUGGAUGAAUUAGAUCAAAAGAUGAGAGAAGCUGAAACAGAACCUCAUGAGGGAAAGAGGAAAGUGGAAUCUCUGUGGCCUAUCUUCAGGAUCCACCACCAGAAAACCCGCUAUAUUUUUGACCUCUUCUAUAAGCGGAAAGCCAUAAGCAGAGAACUAUAUGAAUAUUGUAUUAAAGAAGGCUAUGCAGACAAAAACCUGAUUGCAAAAUGGAAAAAGCAGGGUUAUGAAAACUUAUGCUGCCUGCGGUGCAUUCAGACACGAGACACUAAUUUUGGAACGAAUUGCAUUUGCCGGGUUCCCAAAAGCAAGCUGGAAGUGGGCCGGAUCAUUGAGUGCACACACUGCGGCUGCCGGGGCUGCUCUGGCUGAGGCCUUUGGGCCCUGACCCCUUUCCACCCAGGACUUUGGACUUCUCAGGUUUCUGCCUGUCGUGACACCCCCUUUUCCUGAUAGCAGCUCUUCUGGCAGAGCAGUGCCACAGGACCGAGUUGGAGCAUGGUCUCUAUGUGUGAAGGCUUUGGUGUUCAUCAGCUGUGAUUUGUAGAAAUAAAACUUUUAAACCUUUA